CUUCUCGGUAGCCGUACGUGUGAACUGUAGGCCCGGAAUUGCGCGCGUGCGCCAUUCUUUCACAUGGUGUGUGUCCUUAUUCUAGCUGUAGCUGCGGCGGGAACGGUGGCGGUCGUCCUAGUCUUGAGACUAUGGACAGUGUUGCGGUGCCAGGAUGUUACGCCUCGGGAGUCUCUCAGCCUUUUGGUAGUGGCUGGGUCGGGUGGGCACACCACAGAGAUCCUGAGGCUGCUUGGGAGCCUGUCCAGUGCUUACUCCCCCAGGCAUUAUGUCAUUGCUGACACGGAUAAAAUGAGUGCCGAUAAAAUUAAUUCUUUUGAACUAGAUCGAGCUGAUAGAGACCCUAGUACCAUGGCUAGCAAGUGCUACAUUCACCGGAUUCCACGAAGCCGUGAGGUCCAGCAGUCCUGGCUCUCGUCCGUGCUCAGCACCUUGCACUCCAUGUGGCUCUCCUUUCCCCUCGUUCACCGAGUGAGGCCAGAUCUGGUGUUGUGUAACGGACCAGGGACGUGUGUUCCUAUCUGCGUAUCUGCUCUUCUCCUUGGAAUACUAGGAAUAAAGAAAGUGAUCAUUGUCUACGUUGAAAGCAUCUGCCGAGUGGAAACUUUAUCUCUCUCUGGAAAGAUUCUGAUUCAUCUCUCAGAUUAUUUCAUUGUUCAGUGGCCAACUCUUAAAGAGAAGUAUCCCAAAUCUGUGUACCUUGGACGAAUCGUUUGACAAAUGGAAACUUGUAUCUUCAGAAUUACAGUCGACACUAUUUCCUAUGCCCUGUUAUUAUAAAGGCUUCUGAAAGUCCUGUGAAUUACUGCUUGUCAGGAGUUUUAAAAAUAAGCAAACAACUCACUGAAGAACCUGAAACUUUUCCUAUAAGAUAAACAUUACUACAUGGUAUUUAUCUAAUACGUGUGCCUCUGUUCUCCAGACUCCUUUAUUAGGUAAAAGUAUGUUUCACUGUCUGCAAGGUGUUUUACUAUUUUAGUAGUAUUUUUAAACCUAAAUAUAGUUUGUAUGAUUAGUAAAUUUCCUGUUUACAGACAAAAAACUCCACUGUAAAAAGAAACACAAAUACAAAGUAUUUCUUAGUUUUUGUUCAGGUACUACAGGCUUUAUUUCCUGUAUGGAAGCAGUGAUGUCCCCAGUGAAUUAUUCAGCAUAAAGGAAGCAGCUAUAUUAAAUUGGCCUCAUGACAGUUUGCACUUUUCUGGCUUCCAGAGCCUUGAGCCUUGAGUUUCUUUUUAUUCUUCAGUUUUGCUUUUUGAGUAUCUGGCUUCAAUAUGAAAUAUCCUUCUUAAAUCUCCACAUUGUUAAAAUAAAAAGUAAUCACUGUUGUGGAAAUAAAAUUUACUAGCAGGAAUCUUACACCAUUAAAAUUUGUCUUAAUAAAUUCACAAUGUCGUGGCUGUAAUUGGUAUUUUGAGAUGCUUAGACCUGCUACAACA